UGAACUUUGAGAGAAUAUUUUGAAGCUGGGCAUCAAAUUAUACAGCAGAAUGUGGGCUACAAGGCUAUAACCUAUUUUAAAUGUGACAAACACAGCUCAAAUAACACCUAAAUGAAUAACUACAUAUCCAACUUCGUAAGCACCGCUGCUUCAACAUUUAUUGCGCAUUAAGCCGCAUUUCUGGAGCUAACGCUCCGCCAUUUUGUCCAAAACACACUCCCUACGACUGAAAUGUACGGAGAUCAAAGCCAAAGAAUACAGACAACAGAAGUCGAGUUCACUGGUGAACAACAACUGUAAAAUUGCUCUUACCUUUGAUGUUUCUCUCUGGUUAGACGGACUUCCUGUGUUACAUCCAAAACAUUCCAGGUGUCUCUAGCUGACGAGGCGCAUCAAACCCGCGUUCUGUUGUUUCUCAUUGGCUAAGAAAGCUGUCAAUCAAAAUUCGGGUGACAACAGCGUCCUUCUAUUGGCUGUAAGGAAGCCAAUGAGAUGUCGUCCAUUCAUGUAGACCAGCAAAGAGACACAGGGCUCAAUGGAGCCAUCUGGUGUUUGUUUUUGGAAUGGAAAAUAAAUUAAAGUCUGCAGGAACUUUGAAACAAGGUGAAAAUGGCGUUGCGCACCUCGGGUCACCUGCUGCUGGGGGUGGUGAGGAUCUACCACAGGAAGGCCAAAUACCUGCUGGCAGACUGUAACGAGGCCUUCAUCAAGAUCAAGAUGGCUUUUAGACCAGGUGUGGUGGAUCUUCCAGAGGAGAACAGAGAGGCGGCGUACAACGCCAUCACUCUGCCGGAGGAGUUCCAUGAUUUUGACCAACCGUUACCAGACCUGGAUGACAUUGACGUGGCUCAGCAAUUUAACUUGAACCAGAGCAGAGCAGAGGAGAUCACCAUGAGAGAGGAGGUGGGAAACCUCAACCUGCUGCAGGACAAUGACUUUGCUGACUUUGGGAUGGACGACCGGGAGAUGAUGCGGGAGGAGAGUGCGUUUGAGGUGGACAUCAUGGGGGCGUCGGCUUCCAACCUGCUGCUGGAGGCUGAGGGCGGAGCUAACCCCAUGACGGACAAGGCCAACCACCUGGAGUACGACGACCAGUACAAGGAUGACUUCGGAGACAACCCCAUGGCGAGCAAUGAGGGAGGGAUGCUGGUGGACAAGCUGCUGAGUAAUGAGGAUGGAGGCGGCAUCUUUGACGACCCUCCUGCCGUCACAGAGAGUGUGAUGAUGCCUCAGGACCGCGGAGACGACGAUGACGACUUCGACGCCCUCUCAGCGGGAGCCCCAGACAGUCCAGACUCAGGCCCAACAGAGCCACUGCCGGCUACGGCCGACCAGACAGAACAGGCCAACCUGGUUCACAACGAGGAGGAAACCUUCGCCCUGGAGCCCAUUGACAUCACAGUGAAAGAGACCAAGGCAAAGCGCAAGAGGAAGCUGAUUGUGGACAGCGUGAAGGAGUUGGACAGUAAAACCAUUCGCGCACAGCUGUCCGACUACUCCGACAUCGUGACCACGCUGGACCUGGCCCCUCCCACCAAGAAGCUGAUGAUGUGGAAGGAGACUGGAGGAGUGGAGAAGCUCUUCUCCCUGCCCGCUCAGCCUCUGUGGAACAUUAGGCUGCUCAAGAUGUUUACAAGGUGUCUGACUCCGCUGGUACCAGAUGAGCUGAGGAAGAGGAGGAAAGGUGGAGAGGCGGACAGUCUGGAUGAGUUCCUCAAAGAUCUGGAGAACCCAGAGGUUCCCAGAGAGGAAACAGCAGGCCACCAGCAGGGAGACAUCAUGGACCAGACCAUCAUGGAAGAAGCCAGCGUGCUUCAAACCUCAGCCGUCGAGGGCAGCAAGACGACGCUGGACGACUCUGUCAUGCCGCCACCGUCUUCACGAGGCUUGAAGCGCAAAUCCCAGGACACAGAGCCGGACCUGCCUAUGGGAGCUUUGGACGAGCAGCAGCAGCAGCAGCAGCAGCAGCAGCAGCAGCAGCAGCAGCAGCAGCAGCAGCAGCAGCAGCAGCAGCAGCAGCAGCAGCAGGGUUCUAGAGCCUGUAACGUGUCCCUGCAGCUGGAGGCUUCAUCCAAUAUGGAUUUGCCCCCAGAGGAGACCACCACUAGCAUCAGCCAGCUGAUAGAGUUGGACCUGCUCGUGGACAAGGACAAGAAGAAGAGUGAUGAUGACUCUGAUGAAGAGGAGGAGGAGGUGCAGGGAGGAGACCAGGACCAGGAGGAGAGGAGGUGGAACAAAAGAACCCAGCAGAUGCUUCACGGUCUGCAGAGGGUGAUGGCCAAAACAGGCAGCCAGUCGGUCGGCCUGCUGGACCUGUGCCGCAACAACAACAGGAAGCAGGCGGCCGCCAAGUUCUACAGUUUCUUGGUCCUGAAGAAGCAGCAGGCGGUGGACCUGGUCCAGGAGGAGCCGUACAGCGACAUCGUGGCCACAGCCGGCCCUCGCUUCCACAUCAUCUAGACAGAAGACUCCACAGCACUAACAAAACACUGAUUUAUUGAUUUAUUGAUUUAUUUAAUUAAGCGGGGGGAACUGGGAAUGAAUAACAUUUUUUAUCUUAAAUCAACACUGAAAAAGAGGAUUGCGACUCACUUCAUUGCUAAAGUUAUAAGGUUGUUCAUUUAAAAAGGGUCGAUUUUUAAAGCUGACAUCGUAAACUGUUACGUGCACUAAUUCUGACAGAAGAAACUAAUCAGAAAACGUUGCACUGGAACUGAACCAAAUGUAAUGGGAGUGUUUGUUUACAGUGGUGUGACGUGGAAACACGUCUCUCCCUCUGCUGCAUGAAAACAUCAGAUAGAGCAUGCACUGUAUCCACUUUCUGCAACAGUACCAUUCAACUGUGGCUAAAAAAGUGAUUUAACCAGCAUUAAUCAUCAUAUUAGCACUUUCUCUUUGUAACCAAAUUAAGUACUAUACUUAAAAAAUAACAUUCUUCUCUUACAAGGUAAUUCAGCUAUAGAUGGAGAUAAAACAGCUUUAAAAAUAGAAAUCAUAAAUGCAAAGACGCACUUUUCUAUUGUAGUGUGACUGACACAUAAGUCACUAUAAAACAGUCAAAUAUGCAGAUUUAUCUCCAAAGGAAACUACUAUAAAUAUCAUAGUUUACAUAUGUGCUAUGGAGUUUGGACAGAGUUGUUUCCUGCAUGCACAGAAAGACUUUUAUAAAAUGUUCUUUAACUGUUAAGAAGGACACAGUGGUAUCCAUUUUAUGAAUAAUCAUUUAUUCAUUGACGAGUGAUGUAUCGUCUUGGUCUAAGCUCCCUCAGCGUACAUCACGUAGAUCAUCUGUAAAAUAUCCAUUUAUUGCUACUUAGAGAAUAAAA